AUUCUGUCUCUGUGUUCUGUAAUUUAUUUUUUGUGUGUUUUUGAAGUUUGAAGUUUCAUCUAGGUACUUGGAUCUUUGACUCGGCUUUUCGCUAAUACAUAAGAAUUAUCAAGUCAUGGCCCUGUUUAAUUGGCAGUACUUUUUCUUCUUUAUUUUAGUUAGUUUAAGUGAACACACCGGUCUUGCAAAAACACAAAUAUUACAGCUAAAUGAAGAUAACUGGGAGUCUAUGCUGACAGGAGAAUGGAUGGUCGAGUUUUUUGCACCCUGGUGCCCUGCCUGUCAAGCAUUACAAACACAGUGGGAAGAAUUCGCGUCUUGGAGCCGAGAUUUAGACAUCAAAGUUGGGCAAGUAGAUGUCACCAAGUCUCCGGGAUUGAGUGGAAGAUUCAUGGUCACAGCUCUUCCAUCCAUCUUUCAUGUCUUAAAUGGGGAAUUUAGACAAUAUAAAGGUUCCCGUGAUAAGGAAGCCUUCAUGACCUUCAUAGAGCAGAAGAAAUGGGAGCAGGUAGAUGCUAUACCAUUCUGGAAAUCACCUGCAUCCUUGCAGAUGUCAGCUGUCGCCAAAUUCUUCAGGCUCUCUCAAAUUUUAAGGAUGGUGCAUACACAACUCACAGAGGAGUAUGGUGUGCCAAUUUGGUGCUCUUACUUAAUGUUUGCUUUUGGAACCAUCUUUAUUGGAGCUUUGCUUGGUUUGAUCCUAGUCUUUAUUCUUGACUUUAUCUUCCCACCAAAACCUGCAGUCUUGCCCAAAGGCAGAGCUUCUCAAGGCGGUAAAGGUGGAAGCACCGAGGAAUCUGAUGAUGAACUAGCACAAGAAGAGCUGGUCGAUGAACAAGCGAAUCCAGACACGAGUCCAUCGGUGAAAAAGCGAAAGGCCCGCAAAGCUGAUUGAUUUUCAUGGUCUGUCGAAUGGAGUCUCUCUCAGUUUUUCAUUUUUUUAUAUGUACUUCGUAAUUUUCCUCUUUUUAUUUUUGACUCACAAUGUUUUUUGUCAUUCAUUGAUUUCCUUGCAUAUUAAUCUGCUUGACCUUUGAUACGAUGUUUAAAGAAGAGAAGUUCAUAUCAAUGACUGAAGUCGAAAAUGCGUACCUCCAUCAUGUUUCAAAAUCUCGGAUUGUGUUUGCUUUUUCUCAAUGAACUUAACUAAAAUUUCUCUUUGAGAUUUUCUGUGAAUAUUUUUUAAUGAAUGAAGAAAAUUUCAAGAAAAAAUACUGAUAAGCUUUCUUUUUAAAAAAAGUAAAACAUGAGCAGCGAUUUGCACAGUCGCGAGCAAAGUUUCACAUUUUCUACUUUGGUCAUAGAUUUUUAUUUCCUUUACUUUUCCCAGAACUGGUCUUUUUCUGAACGUGAAUUUCAGUGUAAUUAACAUCACAAAUAUGUUGAACACUGAAGAUGUUUAAAAUUUUCAGCGGUUUUUACUUAAGUUUUAUUUUAUUUUUUUUAUGAAGACAACUCUCGUGCCACUUUAUUGAAGUAUACUUGAAUAAUUUAGAAAUCGUUUGAUGUGAAAAUCUUUUGAGAGUUUCACUCCUGUCUUUGAAGCUUCUCAGGAAUCUACCGAGAUUUUUUGUUAUGUUGAUGUUAAUUUUGCAACCAAUUCUUGGCUCCUGUGCCGAGGAUCAAAGUUUUGAAGUUGCUCAACUAAAGACAAAGCUAGUCCCCAUCUUCCGGAAGAAACUCAUUUGAAUCUCCUGAGGAUGUGUCUUGUCGCCAUGAGAGUCUUCUACCCUAGUCAUUUAAUUAUUCCCUUUAGAAGUAAAGGAAAGGGUAAGUGGAAAAUAUAACGCAAUAGUUAAUGUAAAAAAGAACCGAAUGUUGCUCUGAAAAACGUCAAGUUAGGAAGGGUUGAUAAGAAUUGAAAUAAAGAGCCCACAAAAUCACACACUCUAAUUCCAUGCUUACCUUGUUCCAUAAAAGUAUUGUGUUUUUAUUUUUGCAAAUUUAGUACCCUUCCAUCCAAAAGAAAUACUCUUGCAUGGUUUUUUAAUCUUCGGAGGAAAAAAAGACCCUUCAACAUCAUUGAACAACUGAGGUAUGAACAGGGCAGCACCCCGGCGAAAUGUUUUUAGUCUAAGAGUACCACCUACGUUUGGAGCUCUCGUACAGUUAAUUUUCGACUUCUAAAUCCAACGUAACGUUUAAACUUGGAAUUGCAGAAGUAUUUGUAUUCUGAAAAGUGAAUAUUCAGGUUGUUUUAAGUUGUAAUUUUUUCUGCCCGUGGUACAUGUUUUAACUUAAUUUUUAGUUAUCCUACUAAGUUUUCAGGUGUAAGAAAACCGUUUUUCAGUCUUUCAAAAAUUUCAAUUGUCUGAUUUUGGGGAGUUAUGUUACCUGUGCAAGCUCAAUCCAUGAUCAAAGUUUAUCAGAUUGGUCACUUGGUUCUUUCCCUUCAAUAUCUCAAGGGGGUCUUAUAAUGACCAAAAUAAAAUCUCAGGAAAGGUAGGAUUUGAUAGCUCAGUUUCAUCAGAAUCAGUAUUUUCCUCUCUUAGUCAAACAGUUUUUUUGUAAUUUCUGAUAAACCCUGUAAUUUUUUAGUUGACUAAUUCUCCUUCCUUCCUUUUUUUCUCUUUUUUUUCUUUCUUUUUUUGUACUGAGUCAUUUUAAGUUUUUAAAGUCACAAUUUGUUUGUCGCAGGAUUAUCUGCCGAUUCUCUUCGUGAACCGAUGAACCAUCUAGUUUUGGAAUAACUAUCAGAGGUUCACAGCAGGGAAUCCUUGUUGGAUACUUAAUUUUGGAUCUGAUUUUAGUGCUUUCAUUUUGCCAAGCUCCCUCGUUUUCUGUCUUAGCAGCUCGUAUCAUUUUAAUUUUGGGAAAAAAUAUUUGAAGGAGAUAAAGCCUCAAAGCUGUGCAAACUUUUUAUCGCAUAUAAGAAAAGGAAACUAAUAUGAUUACACUGUUUUAAAAAUCGUGCUCCUUCAUCUUUACCUGAACAAAUGCCCAGAAUAGUAAAUGGUCAUAGUUUUUCUACCAGAAUUCGUUUAACUUUUAAGAAAACCGAUUGUAUACAUUUUAUUUCUUCACUUAUAUUUAGUAUUUCUCAAAGCAAAGAAGAAGUUGCACGAUUUAGAAAACCUUUAAUUGCGUCGUUUCCCUUCUGCUUACCGCAAUCCAUUUUAUGACUCGCAAGUUUAAAUGAAGAAAGAAAUAUUUCUUUUUUCAUUUAUUUCAUUUUUUUAAAAUGACAAGAAAAGACUCAUCAUAAAUGAAAGCACUUGCAAUGUCAAUGUAUCUGUUUCCAAUACGCCACUAAUCAGUAUUGAAGGUGCCUUCUGUUAAUUCUAGUUCCAAUUUUUCUAGAGUAUUGAGUAGGAUUUUAUAUUUAUUAGAAUGAGGCAUUUAAUUUUUUGCAUUUCCAUGAACUUAGUCAUUUAAUACUUUUUGUUUUCUACAAAAAGUCUCCUUUUAGAGAGGAUUUGUAUCUACUUAUCUGAAAAGGUUCAAGAGAUUAAGUUGGUGGAAGUUAAUUUUUCGCUGUUAUGUUGAGAUAAAAUAACCUAAGAGCAUGAUGCCAGAUCAUUUGAGACACCACCCACCUACUGUGGUUGUCAUGAUCGGUUGACCUUUUAUAAUGCUGCUGUUGUAUCGUGCCAAUUACUAUUGGAUCAGGACAGUAGUGUAAUCAUUGGUGAGGGGGUGUUCAUUCAUGACUUUAGUGUGUGUUUUGCCACUCUGAGCCCUCAAGAAAUCGCCUAACACCAGGGAUGAACUGAUCGCUCUUUCUCAUGAAAUUUGUCAUUUUUUAUUAACGGAUGGUCCAUUCUGCAGAGCGAUGAUUGACUUUUCCCUCUUAUUGUCAUAUUUUUAUCAGACAGCUUGUCCCAGGCAAUAACCAUAACCGCAUCAACAGCAUAACUAUCUCUUAAGUUCGCGCCUUUUUGUUGUAAAAGUUGUGGAUCCAGCAGAGACAAGUCCAUGAUCAACUUGCUAGCCUGUUUGAAGAACACUGUGUAAAAGCACACUGUCAGAUCAUGAAUUUAGCUCUCAGGUUGUUCGACUGGUUCUUAGACACUACUUUUGUACCAUGUUAAGUCUACUAUGUUACUAUGUUAUGGAAAUUCCCUAAAAUAACCAUGGAAUCACAUGCUUCAGUGAAUGCUACGUGGCAAUUGAGAGGCUGCGACAAGCCACCGGGUCUGACAAUCGCUUUUUCUAUUUUGCUCCAGGUACAGGCAAAGCCAAAGUUCCUUAAGAGGGGCUCUUGUGCUUGCAUUUCAAGUUUUCAACAAUGGACCCUGAUGGUCAUUCGGACCAUGUUAAGCAGAAAGGAAUCAAGCAAAAUCAGCUAUUGCUAAAUUUAAUUGGGCGUUUUAAUUAUUUACAUAAAAGGUUAUGCGGAGUUAUGUGUACAUUUCAGUGAAUUUUCUGUACAGUCCAAAGCAAAUUCCAUAAAAUUUUCAAAAGAACUCUCAUGGACGUUCUCUUGUAAAAAAAUAAAUCGCCCAUUUGAAUUUGGCAAUAGCUGAUGUGGCUUGUUUCCUUUCUGCUAACUGCGCAUUUGAUGCUUCUGAACUGUCACUGGCAGCAUUGAUUGUUAAAUUUCUAUUAUUUUCAGCAUAUUGCCAAUGAAAAUUUGAAAAAAUUUAAUUUGAUUGCAGUGUUUCAGUUAUCAUACCUCCCGUUAGUUUUCAAAGACAAGUAGACCAGUUGUAUUUUCUGAAAAUUUUACAGAAUAUUUCCAUGGUAAUGUAAAGAAAAGUGUCAAGAAUAAGAGGACGGAUUUGAACUGAAAUCAGCCGGACUGCGUCACCCUUCACCUUUCUCUCGUGUUUUCUUUUUUUUUACAUAGAACUAAACUACUGAAUGCUUUCAAAAUUUCUGUAAACUUUGCCCUAGAUUAUGAAGAAUAUACCCUAAAAUGUUUUCAAGGCUCGGUUGUUUGGUUAUCUGUUCAAAAAGUAAAACAUCAUAGAAAACGAGGCAAUGUCUGAUGCAGUUAGGUUGAUUCCGCUGAAAUUGGUCCAAAUGUAAAUAAGUUUAAGAAAAAGUGUUUGGAAAUCUGGAAUCCAAGAUAUGCAUUGAAUUUUUGCUAGUGAUAAAUGACAGUGCAGUUCUUCUGCUACAGUAGAUGGUAGUCUCCAAGAUGUUUUAUACAUUUGUACAUUUUAUCCCUUAAAGCUUGUGGCUAGUUAGGACUUCACACUGUAAUAAUGAAAGUAAAGAAUAAAAAAAUUUCAAAGCAAA